CUCCUCUCCAUCCCUUCGCGUGCGCAGAAGAAUUCCCUGCGUGCUGGCGCGGCUGCUCCCCUCGCUUUCCUCCUCUCGUCUUCGUCUUCCCCCUUUCGGCUCCCCCCGCGGCGUAGCUUUUGGAGCCCCCGUUCGUCCGUGCGCGUGAGAUCGCGUGCAAGCGCACGCGCGCGCGCGACGAUUUUCGAAGAGUUGGGGGGCAAGGAAUCCCCCGAUUAGGAAAGAUUCCACGCUCCCACGCUUCAAAUCCCAUCCCCUGAUCCCCCAACCACGACCGCCCUCGAUUCGCUUCCGGUUGCUGCUGCCGAGGUCGGGAUUGGUGCUGGAAUUCGGUGCGGGGGAGCUGUUCCGUGCCCAAUUCGGCCCGGCCCCCUCCGUGCGAUUCGAUUCGAUUCGAUUUUUCCGACCGGGGCUUGCUGCUUCCGCCGCCGGGGGUGCUCCGAGCUGCUCGAGCUGGGCACCGGAGUCUCCGGUGAUACCCUCCGCAGGUCGAUCUGAUUCGCUCCCCAGCCGCCGCCGCCGCUGCCGCUUCCUGCUGAUUCCGGCACCAUUUCGACCCGCGCGGCCGGAUCCUUGGAUGAUUCCGAUCGAUCCGGGACCAAGAGGACCAAGGCUUCAUCACCUCACCAGGGCCCCGGCGGCGGUGGAUCCAUGGCGGGGGAGAAGGCGCCGCGCGCGUUCUCCAUCGAGGAGCUCCCGGGCCACCUCGUCGGGGAGGUCCUGACCUCCGGCAGGCUCGCGGCCGCCGACCUCGCCAGGCUCGAGGCCACCUGUCGCGCGCUCAGGCCGCUCGCGGAGUACGCCGCGUCCAAGCUAUGCUCCGCGCGGGCGGCGUUCGCGGUUAUGGGCCCCGCGGCGAGGGGGGAGCUGCUGGAGAGGUGCGGGGGCAGCUGGAAGAAGGUGCUCAGGUUCCUGCAGUCCGUCGAGCAGUCGUCAGGCGCCGUCGCGACCUCGUCGGGCAGCAUGCAAGUAGCCACAGGAAGAUAUCACACACUUUUGGUCCAUGACUCUUCUGUCUAUUCUUGUGGGUCCAGCUUGUGUGGUGUGCUAGGUCAUGGCCCAGAUACUACACAGUGUGCAGCAUUCAGUCGGGUUUCCUUUCCAUCACUUUCCCGUGUUAUCAACAUCUCUGCCUCGCACAACCAUGCUGCUUUUGUUACGGAGUCUGGUGAGGUUUUCACCUGUGGUGAUAAUUCAUCAUUAUGCUGUGGUCAUGGUGAAGUGGGGAGGACGAUAUUUCGACCAACGCAAGUAGAAGCACUUAAAGGGGUUUCUUGCAAGCAGGUCGCUACUGGUCUAAGUUUUACUGUGAUUCUUACAAGGGAUGGCCAAGUAUAUACAUGUGGAAGUAACACACACGGCCAACUUGGCCAUGGUGACACCAUUGACAGGGCCACUCCAAAGAUUAUUGAAUUAUUUGAAGGCCCCACUCAAGUGGUGCAGAUAGCAGCUGGUGCAAGCUACACAUUUGCUGUAACAGAUGAUGGAACAGUUCAUUCCUUUGGGUCUUGCACUAAUUUCUGCCUUGGACAUGGUGAUCAGCAUGAUGAACUUCGUCCACGCGCCAUCCAAUCAUUUAAGAGGAGGAACAUUCAUGUAGUUCGUGUUUCUGCUGGAGAUGAGCAUGCUGUGGCUCUUGAUGCUCUGGGACACGUUUAUACAUGGGGCAGAGGAUACUGUGGAGCAUUGGGCCAUGGUGAUGAGAAUGAUAAAACUAGCCCAGAAUUGAUCAGCAGUCUGAAGAACCAAGUUGCUGUGCAGGUAUGUGCAAGGAAGAGAAAGACCUUUGUUCUCACAGAUGAGGGCUCAGUUUAUGCGUUCGGAUGGAUGGGCUUUGGGAGUUUAGGGUUUCCUGACCGAGGAUCAUCUGACAAAGUAAUGAAGCCCCGCGUUCUUGAGAGCCUGCGGGAUCACUAUGUCUCCCAAAUAAGUACUGGACUUUAUCACACUGUUGCUGUGACAAAUAAAGGCAUUGUAUUUGGGUUUGGGGACAAUGAGCGAGCACAACUUGGGCAUGAAUACAUUCGUGUGUGCUUGAAACCUACUGAGAUAAUGUUCCAGAAGAGUAUGGAAGAUAUAGCGAUCGUGACACCUAGUGGUUGAAUUCAAGACCAAAAACCGCCAUUUUGGACACUGUUGCCUGCAUAUGUUGUAUUUAUAAGGUAUUCUUCUCGGCAACUGUAUUUUAUACUGUGAUUUGCGAGUAAUUGGGUGAACAGAAGAAGAUCAAGGUUGGAGGACAGUGAUGUGUAGCUAAAGAAGCAUAUAGUUUAGUAAUGUGUGAUGUAUUGAAUAAUUUAACCCACCAUUUUUCCUCUGUAUAAAAAAUAUUGGUGUGUUUGUAUUUUUUUUGUCUCCAUUGUUUCUUGGCUGUGCCCUGUCAAGCGUUGAGUAAAUAGUGUUUGCUACCCCUGCUGUUUAUUAUAGCUUAA